UCUCUCUCUCUCUCUCUCUCUGUUUUCUUAUAUCAGAAUUCGAAAACACAUCUGUCUCACUCUAUCUGCUCGAAAAAUGCAGCGUCAGAGAUCGAUUUUAUCUUUCUUCCAGAAGCCCUCGCCUACGCCGGCGUGUCAGGGCUCAGGUUCCGGCGAGGCUGCCGAAGGUGGAGGGUCUCAGCGGUUUCCGAUGAAGAAAAUGGAAUGCGAGGGCGACGUUUCGAUGCUUUCUGCUGAUCGAGCUGUGACGAUUUCUCCAGAUGAGGUCAGAGGAACGGAUACUCCGCCGGAGAAGGUGCCGCGUCGGGUCCUGUCGUCCGGAGUUACUGCGGGUGAAGCCGCCGGAGGUGCAUCGUCUCUGUUCUCAAGCAUCAUGCAUAAGUUUGUAAAGGUUGAUGAUCGAGAAUCUGCCGGAGACAGGUGUCGAGCAGCUGAUGUUUCUUCUGAUGUUUCAUCUGUAUCCCUUAAGGCUAAUGGGCUCCAAGAAUGUCGACCCAAUAAUGGUCAACCUCUUGAACGGGACCCUGUUUUUAGCUUCAGCGAAACGGCAGAUGGAAGAUCAGUUGGAGAUACGAGUGUAGAUGAUGAUGUUCUUGGCCCAGAAACACCAGGGAUGCGUCCAAUCCUGCCACGUCUGAAGCGGGUUCAAGAGGAUAGAUUGAUGUUUGGAGAUAAUGAGCGUUCUCUAGUUGCUUCUAACAAAAGGCUGAAACUGCUUCAAGAUCCGAUUUGUGAGGAGAAGGGAAAAGGAAAUGAUGUAGAUGGAGGAAGCAAGUUUGAAUGGCUUGACUCUUCUCGAAUCAAGGAUGCCAACGGAAGACGACCUAAUGAUCCCCUUUAUGACAAAAAGACUCUAUACAUACCACCUGAUACUCUUCAAAAAAUGUCUGCCUCACAGAAGCAAUAUUGGAGCGUCAAGAGUCAGUAUAUGGAUGUUGUGCUUUUCUUUAAAGUGGGGAAGUUCUAUGAGCUGUAUGAGCUCGAUGCGGAAAUUGGUCACAAUGAGCUUGACUGGAAGAUGACUGUGAGUGGAGUGGGCAAAUGCCGACAGGUCGGUAUUUCUGAAAGCGGGAUCGAUGAUGCGAUUCAAAAGCUAGUAGCUCGCGGGUACAAAGUUGGACGAAUGGAGCAGCUCGAAACAUCUGAGCAAGCAAAAGCCAGAGGUGCCAAUAGUAUAAUCCCGAGAAAAUUAGUUCAAGUUGUAACCCCAUCAACUGCAAGUGAGGGUAAUAUCGGACCCGAUGCUGUCCAUCUUCUAGCUAUAAAAGAGGUUCAAGUGGGGAUAGAAAACAGUUCAACAGUGUAUGGCUUUGCUUUUGUUGAUUGUGCCGCCUUGAGGUUUUGGGUUGGAACCAUCAGUGAUGAUGCCUCGUGUACUGCUCUUGGAGCUUUACUAAUGCAGGUUUCUCCAAAGGAAGUGGUAUAUGAAAGUAAAGGGCUAUCAAGAGAAGCACAAAAGGCUCUUAGAAAGUAUACAUUGACAGGGUCUACGGCAGUGCAGUUGACUCCAGUCCUGCAAAUUACUGAUAAUAUGGAUGCUUGUGAAGUAAAAAAUAUGAUACAGACUAACAGUUACUUUAGAGGAUCUUCGGAAUCAUGGAACUGUGUCCUUGAUGGUCUAACAAAUUGUGAUAUUGCCCUAACUGCUCUCAGAAGAUUAAUUAGUCAUCUGUCUAGAUUAAAGCUAGAAGAUGUAUUAAAGAAUGGGGAUAUCCUACCAUACCAAGUUUACAGGAGUUGUCUCAGAAUGGAUGGUCAGACAAUGGUAAAUCUAGAGAUAUUCAAUAACAAUUUUGACGGCGGUCUUUCAGGGACCUUGUACAAGUAUCUUGACAACUGUGUAACCCCAACCGGAAAACGUCUCUUAAGACGGUGGAUCUGCCAUCCACUCAAAGAUGUUGGGAGCAUCAAAAACAGGCUUGAUGUCGUUGAAGAAUUUCUAUCAAACUCAGAAAUCAUGAAAGUAAGUGGCCAGUACCUUCAAAAAAUUCCCGACUUGGAAAGGUUGCUUGGACGCAUAAAGGCUAGCGUUCAGUCGACAGCUUCUCUUUUACCUGCUCUCUUGGGAAAAAAGAUGCUGAAACAAUGGCUUAAAGCAUUUGGACGACUUGUUAAAGGUCUCCGAAGUGGAAUGGAUUUGUUGUUGCUUCUGCAGAAGGAAUCACAUCUAACAAGUUUACUGUGUAAAGUCUGUAAACUUCCGGAAUUAGUUGGAAAAGACGGCCUAGAGUUAUUCCUUUCUCAAUUUGAAGCAGCCAUAGAUAGUGACUUUCCAAAUUAUCAGAACCAAGAUAUGACAGAGGAGAAUGCUGAAACUCUUGCAAUACUUAUCGAGUUAUUGAUCGAGAGAGCUGCUCAGUGGUCUGAGGUCAUUCAUGCCCUAAGCUGCAUUGACGUACUGAGAUCUUUCGCUGUCACUGCAACAUUAUCUGUCGGAAGCAUGGCCAAGCCUGUUAUUUUCCCCGAGUCGAAAAGUACAAGUCACGAUCAAGAUAGAAAAGGGCCCAUACUUAAAAUCCGAGGUCUAUGGCAUCCAUUUGCAGUUGCGGCAGAUGGGCAACUGCCUGUUCCAAAUGAUAUACUCCUGGGCGAGGACAGAUGCAGCAGUCGUCAUCCUUGCUCGUUGUUGCUGACAGGACCAAAUAUGGGCGGGAAAUCAACGCUUCUUCGUGCCACUUGUCUAGCUGUUAUCCUUGCCCAACUCGGGUGUUACGUGCCUUGCGAGACGUGUGAGCUGUCACUCGUCGACACUAUCUUCACAAGGCUCGGUGCCACGGAUAGAAUCAUGACGGGGGAGAGUACAUUCUUGAUCGAGUGCACUGAAACAGCAUCUGUACUUCAGAAUGCAACUCAAGAUUCACUGGUUAUAUUAGAUGAGCUAGGUAGAGGAACAAGCACUUUCGAUGGAUACGCCAUUGCAUACUCUGUUUUCCGUCACCUUGUGGAGAAAGUCCAGUGCAGGUUGCUCUUUGCGACGCAUUACCAUCCGCUCACAAAGGAGUUCUCGUCUCAUCCUCGGGUGACGUUACAACACAUGGCUUGUGCUUUCAGAUCAAGAACCGGGCAUCAAUCUUCGAGCUCCGACCAAGAACUGGUGUUCCUGUACCGACUAACCGAAGGACCUUGUCCCGAGAGCUACGGUCUCCAGGUCGCCCUCAUGGCGGGGAUUCCCGACCGAGUAGUGGAAACAGCUUCAGAGGCGGCUCGUGCCAUGAAGAGAUUGGUCGGAGAAAAUUUCAGGACAAGUGAGCAGAGGUCGGAAUUCUCGAGUCUGCACGAAGAAUGGCUGAAGAUGUUGGUAGGAAUUUCUCGUAUCGAAGAGGAUGCCAUCGAGGAAGAAGAUCUCUAUGUCACGUUGCUUUGCUUGUGGCAUGAACUCAAACUCUCCUGCAGAAGCCAUUCGAGUUAAACAAAAAAGGGACAAGAAGACAUAUAACUUGUAAAGCUCUGGUAGGACAAAAGUGAUGCAGUUAGAGUUAUAUGCCUUAGAUUUAAUUCAGUACCAAAAUCAGAAGAUGAAAGGGCUGACUUACAUUUGUAAAUCAGUAGGUAAGAUUUGCUCAUCCGUGAGUCGGGUAUUCGGUUUUCGGGUAAUAUGGUUUUUUUGGCAAUGACGAGAACUUAAUCUUCGGGUUUGGGCGUCGUCCGAAGAAAAUUUAUAUCUACGAGUA